AAUGAAUGUAGGCAGUGCGACUUUGUCCUAGAUGUCACAUUGACUUCCUGUCUAGUCCUGCGUGAAGAUACCCAUACAAACAUGGUUCCUCCGGUACAAGUCUCUUCUCUUAUCAAGACAGCGAGAUGGUCAGCCUUGCUGUUUGGAGUAAUCUAUGGAAAACAGAGAUAUGAUUAUCUAAAGCCCAUCGCUGCUGAAGAAAGAAGGAUUGAGGAGGAAGAGAAAAAACUCAGGGAAGAGCGGGAGAGGAUUUACAAACAGCUCGCUGAAGCCGACUCUGACACCAUUCUGAAGUAAAUCUUCAAACUGAAUGCAUUCCAACACAACCGAGAUGAUUCACCAAGACAAUUAACUUAUAUCUAUUUUCAAUAAAGACAUAGGGAGUAAAAUGUA